AUGAUUCAUCCAGCAGGUUACCGUGUUUUGCAAGUAGGAAUACUGCAUCUCUUUCCUUUGUGGCUGCUUGUAAACCUUACAUAUGCACAGUUCCGGUACUCUAUCCCUGAGGAGCUGAACAGGGGAGAAAUUGUUGGGAAUAUCGCUAAGGAUCUUGGAACAGAUGUGGCCAAACUAGUAGCUGCUAAUCUCCAGGUACUUUCCGAUUCUGAUUCCCAAUAUUUCUCUGUAAAUGUAAACAAUGGAGCCAUAUUGGUGAAUGACAGAAUAGAUAGAGAGCUGCUUUGUGGACAGAGUGUUUCAUGUAUAUUAAAUCUGAAAUUUGCUAUAGAGAAUCCAGUAGAAGUAUAUAGGAUUGAAGUGGAAAUAUUAGACAUUAAUGAUAAUUCCCCACGAUUCCAGAGUGAAGAGCUGACUUUAAAAAUAAAUGAGUUGGCAUCCCCUGGAGCUAGGUUUCUUAUUCCAAAUGCACAAGACCCAGAUAUAGGGUCUAAUGCUUUGCAGGAAUACCAUCUCAGCCCCAGUGAAAAUUUUGCUCUGAUUGUGAAAAAGCGUGCUGAUGGUAGUAAAUUUCCAGAGUUAGUUCUAGAAAAGGCUCUAGAUAGAGAACAGACAGCUGUCCACCACCUAGUACUGAAAGCAGAAGAUGGUGGGGUUCCAUGUAGGUCAAGCACCAUGCAGAUCACAAUCAUAGUCCUGGAUGCUAAUGAUAAUCACCCAGCAUUCGAUCAGCCUUCUUAUAAUGUCCAGCUGAAAGAAAACGCCCCCAAAAACUCUUUAGUCAUUAAACUUAAUGCCACAGACCUAGAUGAAGGGCCUAAUGGAGAGAUUGAGUACUUUUUUAGCAGUCACAAUUCGGAUGCCUUAAGCAAUAUUUUUCAGCUGAAUUCAGAAAUAGGAGAAAUUCGCGUACUUGGAAAUUUGGAUUUUGAAGAGAUUUCAGUUUAUGAGAUUGACAUUGAAGCUAGAGAUAAGGGAAGUCCUAUCAUGGAAGAACAUUGCAGUGUAAUUGUCCAUAUUAUUGAUGUAAAUGAUAAUACUCCUGAGAUGACUAUAAGUGCAUUUUCUAGCUCAGUUCCAGAAGACUCACCACCUGGGACAGUAGUUGCUGUUAUAACUAUAAAAGACAAAGAUCAUGGUGAUAAUGGAAGGGUGCAAUGCCAAGUAGACAAAAACCUUCCAUUCACUGUAAGGGAAGAUUUUGAGCAUCAAUUUUCCUUAAUAACAAGUGAUCAUUUGGACCGUGAAAGUGUUUCUGAAUACCAUAUAACAAUAACUGCAAAGGAUAUGGGUAAUCCCCCUCUUUCCACAGUGAAAGUCAUAUCAGUUGUAGUUUCUGAUGUGAAUGACAACACUCCCCGGUUUGUUGAACCAGUUUAUGAGGUUUUCGUGGAGGAGAAUAAUAAAGCUGGUGAGUUACUUUGUACUGUAUCAGCUACGGACCCUGAUUUGGAUCAAAAUUCACGGCUUUCUUAUUCCAUCUUACAAAAUCCUAAAGAUGACUAUGGUAGCACAUCUCAUAUAUACAUCAACUCUGAAAAUGGACAGGUCUACCUAAAAUUUCCUCUGGAUUAUGAAAGGAUUAACUACUUCCAGUUCCAAAUAGAGGUUUCUGAUGCUGGCUCCCCACCUCUUAAAAAUAAGACUGUUGUGCAUGUUUUUGUUCUUGAUCAGAAUGAUAAUUCUCCAGUGGUUGUCUUUCCUGUAGUUGGAGCUAAUUCAGUUGCCCAGUGUAAGAUACCACGUUCCACUGGACCAAAUGUUAUGGUAAGCAAAAUAUCUGCCGUAGACCAUGACUCAGGUCGAAAUGCUUGGCUUUCCUACAACUUACUUGAAGCAACGGAUCCCACUCUCUUUAGUAUUGUAAUGAGAACUGGUGAAAUAAAAACUAAACGUGCUAUUCAAGAUGUUGAUCCUACGUUACAUGAGCUGCUUUUGUUGGUAAAAGAUUCUGGAGAACCCUGUUUAUCUACUUCAGUUACAGUAAUGAUGACCCUAGAAGACAAAGACCUAGAGGUGUCACAGGGUGUAAAGGACCACUCUAAAAAAAGGAAUAUCUCUAGUCUUACUUUGUACUUGAUUGUGUGUUUAAUUGUCAUUUCUGUCAUCUCAUUAAUUGGUUUGGCAGCCCUUGGAAUUAAAAUUCACAAGUGCGAAAACAAGAAUUUCCCCCUUUGUUGCCGACAAAGUCAAAAGAAAGCAGUGGUGGCAGGAUCUAAGCUUCAUGGAACGUUUCAGCUUCACCCAAGCCUUUGUAACACUAUAAUAGGUGUCCGAGUGGAUUGUGCUGGAAAUAUCCCAUCUAAUCGAAGGGUCAGAACAUGUUUCUCCCCAGUCUCAGAUAUUAGUGAGUUUAUGUUUAUGAGGCCACCUCAUGUCACAGCUAGCUCCUCUUCCCCGGGGAUACUGGUUCCAGAUCCUAACUUCUCCAUUGCUUCCAAUGAGGUGAGCUCCCAGAAUUUGCCAUUACUUGAAACCAAAGUCAAACAAGAUGAAUGUCAUUAAA